UGCCGUUUCGGGAGAAAAAAUUUCGCAUUCGAUUUACCCUUUGGAUAAAAUUCAGUUUUUCACCGCGAAAAAGUGCUCGCAAGUGGCGGAAACCAGUGCUCAACUGUUCAGCAGCGGGCGGAACAAUGUCGGCACCAAUAGAAAUUCCGCUCCGGGACACGGACGAGGUCAUCGAGCUCGAUCCGGAACAGCUACCAGAGGGGGAAGAAGUGUUGGGAAUAUUGCGACAGGAGCGUUCCCAGCUUAAUACUUGGGUGACCGUUGCGCUUGCCUAUUAUAAGCAAAACAAGACAGAUGAUUUCAUCAAGAUACUGGAAGCAUCCCGAAUCGAUGCAAACAUCUCGUAUAGGGACUUCGAGAAAGAUCAGAUGCGUGCGUACGACAUGUUGGCCGCGUACUACGUACAGGAAGCGAACAGGGAAAAGUCCAAGGACAAGAAGAGGGAGCUGUUCAUGAAGGCGACGCAUUUGUACACGACGGCCGACAAGAUCAUUAUGUACGAUCAGAACCAUUUGCUGGGUCGGGCUUACUUCUGCCUCUUGGAAGGGGACAAAAUGGAGCAAGCUGAUGCACAGUUCAAUUUCGUGCUGAAUCAGUCGCCGUCGAACAUCCCAUCCCUGUUGGGUAAGGCUUGUAUUGCAUUCAACAAAAAGGACUACCGAGGUGCUUUGGCAUUCUACAAGAAGGCGCUUCGAACGAAUCCUAAUUGUCCGGCUGCGGUGCGUCUCGGAAUGGGACACUGCUUCCUGAAGGUGAACAACCAGGAGAAGGCAAAGCUGGCUUUCCAACGGGCUCUGGAAUUGGAUCCACAGUGCGUGGGAGCGCUCGUUGGUUUGGCUAUUUUGAAGCUGAAUCUCCACGAACCGGAAUCGAAUCGUGUUGGCGUUCAAAUGCUUUCCAAAGCGUACACUAUCGAUUCGACCAAUCCGAUGGUGUUGAACCACUUGGCGAAUCAUUUCUUCUUCAAAAAGGACUACCAGAAGGUGCAGCAUUUGGCAUUGCAUGCGUUCCACAAUACGGAAAACGAAGCAAUGCGAGCGGAAAGUUGUUACCAGUUGGCUCGGGCUUUUCAUGUACAACGGGACUACGAUCAGGCUUUCCAAUACUACUAUCAAUCGACGCAGUUUGCUCCGGUUAAUUUUGUGCUUCCUCAUUUUGGACUGGGACAGAUGUACAUCUACAGAGGGGAUUCGGAGAAUGCCGCUCAAUGUUUCGAGAAAGUGCUGAAAGCCCAACCCGGCAACUAUGAAACGAUGAAGAUCCUCGGAUCGUUGUACGCCAGCUCGUCUUCCCAAUCGAAGCGGGACAUUGCCAAGAACCAUCUGAAGAAGGUCACUGAGCAGUUUCCAGAUGACGUGGAAGCUUGGAUUGAAUUGGCCCAAAUUUUAGAACAGAACGACCUGCAGGGCUCACUGCAAGCCUAUGCAACCGCAACGCAUAUCCUGACCGAAAAGGUGAGAGCAGAUAUUCCACCGGAAAUUUUGAACAACGUUGCAGCGCUGCACUAUCGCUUGGGCAAUCUGAGCGAGGCAAUGACCAAGCUGGAGAUGGCCAUUGAAAGAGCGAAACUUGAAGCCCAGCACGAUUCACAAUACUACGAUUCUAUUUCGGUCACGAUGACCUACAACUUGGCCCGGUUGAACGAAGCGAUGGCUUCCUUCGACAAGGCCGAUAAGCUCUACAAGGACAUUCUUAAGGAACAUCCCAACUACAUUGAUUGCUACUUGAGACUCGGUUGUAUGGCUCGUGAUAAGGGUCUUAUUUUCGUCGCAUCCGAUUUCUUCAAGGAUGCCCUGAAGAUCAACAUGGAAAAUCCGGACACGCGUUCAUUGCUGGGUAAUUUGCAUUUGGCCAAGAUGCAGUGGACUCUUGGACAGAAGAAUUUCGAAACGAUUCUGAAGAAUCCAGCCACCUCGAGCGAUGCCUAUUCGUUGAUUGCGUUGGGCAACUUUUGGCUGCAGAGCUUGCAUCAACCUAGCAAGGACAAGGAGAAGGAGAAGAAACAUCAGGAGAAAGCCCUGGCCAUCUACAAGCAGGUGUUGCGAAAUGAUCCGAAAAACAUCUGGGCUGCCAAUGGAAUCGGGGCUGUAUUGGCCCAUAAAGGAUGCAUUAUCGAGGCGCGUGAUAUAUUCGCCCAGGUUCGCGAAGCAACGGCUGACUUUUGCGACGUGUGGCUCAACAUUGCACACAUCUACGUCGAGCAGAAGCAGUACAUCAGCGCGAUUCAGAUGUACGAGAACUGUCUGAAGAAGUUCUACAAGCACAACAAUGUGGACGUGAUGCAGUAUCUGGCGCGUGCGUAUUUCCGUGCCGGUAAGCUGAAGGAAGCGAAAAUGACCCUGCUCAAGGCCCGUCGCGUUGCUCCGCAAGAUACAGUUCUGUUGUUCAACAUUGCCCUGGUGUUGCAACGGUUGGCCAUGAUGGUCCUGAAGGAUGAGAAAUCCAUUCUGAGUGUUGUCCUGCAAGCGGUUCAUGAGCUGGGGUUGGCUCACAAGUACUUCAACUAUCUGUCGAUCCAUGGCGACAAAACACGCUACAAUAUUACUUUGGCAGCGUCCGAAGCUAGCCAAUGUCAGGAUCUGUUGCAGCAAGCCCAGUACCAUGUGUCUCGUGCCCGCAAGAUCGACGAAGAAGAAAGAUCACUGCGCCAGAAACAGGAACAGGAACGCGAAGAAUUCAAACGGCGCCAGAUGGAUGAGCGCACUCGUAUGGAGGAGAUGCGUCGCAAGGCGCACGAAGAUAUGAUGACCAGACGUCAAGAGUACAAGGAGAAAACCAAGAAUGCCCUGUUCUUCGUCGAGAGCGGACCAGAUCCAACAAAGAAGAAGGCCGGCAGAGGCCGGAAGGACUACAUUUCCGACUCGGAUGCUUCUGGGCCAGCGGGUAGUGGCGGAGAGGAUCGCAAACGCAAGGAACCGGGUGAGAAAAAGAAGCGGAAACCAGGAGGUGGGCGGAAGAAGAAGGAAAAGGCUCCCAAGGGGUCCGGUGGCUCCGACAGCGAAGAGGAUACAGGACCGAAGAAGCGAGGUCGCAAGAAGGGCUCUCUGGGUGCCAAAAAGCAGAAGCACAUGGAAGAUGGAUUAUCAUCCAAGCAAAAGUCGAGAAUCGUUUCCAAAGCCACGGUUUCCACUAGCGAAUCCGACAGCGACAGAAGCCGUCUCAAGAUUGCCAGUGGUGACGAAUCCGGUUCCGGCAAUAGUGGACCGUCAACUAAACGUAAACGCAGAAUCGCUUCUGGUUCGGAAAGUGGAUCCGAUAGGUCCCGGUCCCGGUCUCGCUCGAAAUCCGGCAGCCGGAGCCGUAGUGCUUCCCGUUCCGUGUCCAGAUCUCGAUCCAAGUCGAAGAGUCGUUCGCGUUCCCGAUCUAAGUCCGGAAGUCGUUCGCGAUCCGGUUCAAAAUCUCGCUCCGGCAGUCGCUCGCCAUCCCGUUCGAGAUCUCGCUCCGGCUCCGGUAGCCCUCAGGCAUCACCAAUUUCGAGGAAAUCAGUUUCGGGCUCGGGCUCGGAUUAAGUCAACCGUGGCUGCUGCAGUGCUUUCAUACAAUUUGUUAUGUCAUAAAAAUGGAACAUUAUGUCUUAUUCAACUUAUCGUAAUCAUAAUGAAUAAUAGUUCUUCACAAAACUAAGAAAAUUGACCCUCGGUAGACUUGCACAAGGUACCGGCAGCAAUGGAGUGUUUUAGUUUAUUCUUCAAGCAAGCAAAAAAAAAUGUGUCUGAUGUAAGUUUCUUGAUAUAUAAUACUGAAUAAAAUUAAAUUAGAAAUAGGA